UUCUUAUCCUCAGGCCCUUCUUAUCUCUUCUUUCUCUCUCUACCUCUAUCUCUUCCUUUCUUCUCUCUCUAUAUCUCUUCCUUUUGUUGAGCCAUUGGGGAAGCCUAGCGCCGGGCGCACCCUCGCCCACUUGCGGUCACCGGCUUCUCCGUUAUCUCUUCUCCCUCUCUCUCUCUCAUCGCAUGAUAUUAUAUAAUAAUACCAACUUCGUUUCCCCUUCUCUCUCUAUACCCAACAUCUUGUUUUCUAGGGUUUGCAGAAAUGGGUGAAUACCUCUGCAACCGAAGGCUGAUUUAAUGGUGGAUGUGGUUUUGGAAUUUUUCGUCAUGGGUUCUUAAUUGUAGAUCGUUCUCUCUCUUAGGACCCAGAUCAGUGGAUUACAAGGAAUUAGCAGGGGUUAUCUCUUUCUUCAAUCGUCGUAUUAGGUACUUUUCUCUCUUCCAUUUUUGUGGGUGCUUUUUUCUCUUGACAUAUUGUUGGAUUUGGGUUUGUUAUCUAUGUGAAGUGUUCGGUUUGAUCUCUCUCUGCGAAAAACUUAAAGAGUACUUGGCUUGAAACUUUUCUCGUUGGGUUUCUCUUUCAGUGAGCAAACUGGUUUUGGGAAAAAAAAAUCUCGAAAGGUCAUUCAUGGGGAUUGUAAAGUUGGCUUGUGGGGUUUCUAGAGUUACUGGUGAGCUGUCAUCCAUGGCUAGUCUUUCAAGCGAGGAUGAAGAUUCUCGAACCAGGAACUCAGCUUCUGAUGAAGAAAACAAUAUUGAUUCAGGUGGUGAAUCUGAUGCUCUGGAUUCAUUUGAAUUGGGUGAGACAGGUUCUGAAUUUUGCCAAUUAGGCAACCAGAGCUUUGCCAUUCCUCUUUCUCUUUAUGAACUUCCGGAUUUGAGCUCUAUCCUCUCUGUUGAUACGUGGAAUAACUGCUUAACCGAAGAGGAACGAUAUAACCUUUCUCAGUAUUUACCUGAUAUGGAUCAGGAAACAUUUAUGCGAACCCUAAAAGAACUUUUCUGUGGUGCCAAUUUCCAUUUUGGGAGCCCAUUAACAGAGUUUUUCAAUAGAUUGAAAGGUGGGCUUUGUGAACCUAGGGUUGCUCUUUAUAGACAAGGGUUGAACUUGUUUCAAAAGAAAAAACACUACCAUAUGUUGAAGAGAUAUCAGGACUCCAUGGUUGGGAGUUUGUUGCAGAUUAGAGAGGCUUGGGAGAAAUGUGGGGGUUACAGUAUUCAAGAGAGGCUUCGGCUUCUGAAAAUUCUUAGAAGCCAAAAGGGUUUGAUGAGCGAGAGGGAGGAGGAUUCAAAGAUGCAUGCUUACGAGUCCGAGAGUGACACUUCUUCAGAGGAGGAAUCGAGUGAUGGCCUGGUUUCGAGUGCAUGGAAAAGGAGGGCUAAUGAUAAGAAGCAUCGAUCAACUGGGUUUCCUGCAAAAACUGGGCAUCGAUCUUUGAUAACCAUGAGACCUUCAGUUGAUGUUUCUUAUAGAGGUGAGGUAUCCAAAGAACCAGAGAAGCAUGGGAAAGUGAACCCAAAAGGGAUUUUGAAGAUUGCUCCAAAGGUUUCAGCUAGAAACACUGAAUCAAGUUCAUUCAAUUCAUUGGGAAAUCAUGGUGUUGAGAAGAAAACCAGACCCCAAGUCUCACUUUUGUCCCUUCCUCAACAGGAUCGUACAGUUGGAUUUGACCCAACAAUUGGUUCUCGAAGAACCAGGAGUCAGUUCAGAUUGGAUGAAGCAACAGAGCAUUCUAAUGAGAUGACUAGCCAAAAGGUUCGGAUUGCCCCAAAGCCUAGCUCUCUCUUAAAGAGCAAUGUUUUAAAAGUGGGGAAAAGGAGUGAAGCUUCAAAGAAUCAUUACACAGAGGUUGUGAGGCAAGAAGGGAGCCCUUUCAAUGGGGGGAGGUUGGGAGAAGAGGACUCCGAGAGUGGCAUUGAUUUGCAACUGUCGUCAAAGAAUGGAAAGAUGCAUUCCAACCUAAAGCCAAAGAAGGCUAGUGAGAUGUUGGGUCCUGAAGGUUUUGUAGUAAACCCCAAUAGUUUGAGGAGUUCUUAUGAUUAUUAUGAUAGAGAUGGUGGAAAGAAAGGCAAGGCUUCUGAUAAAUUCAAGUCGGUGCUUGAGAAUCAUGUGGCACCGAUGACGGAGAGGGCUCAGCCAGUAAAGGGGAUCCAUGUUAACUGGCCAUCAAGUCGCCAGUCCUAUCGAUCAAACAUUUCACUUGAUGAUCAUGAGGAGGCACAAGAAGGUGGUUUUUCGACAAAACUUAAUGAGUGGGGGUUGAGAAAAACCAAGAAAUGGAAGAUGGGGGAGGAGAUGGUUCAUGACUUUCUAGAAACAAGUAAACCCACUGGAGGUUUUGACUCUUAUUUUCACUCUGAUCGAAGAGCUAAGCAUUCAUGGGAGAAGAGUGGAAGGAGGCACAUGGAGGAUGGAGAAAGCCCAUCGAAUUCUUCAGAGAGUUUUGAGGAAGACGCAGAGGUGAGACCUUCUACGAAGAGGUUGAGUCAUGGGGGUGGCCUUGUGGAGGAUAACGUCUCUUACUCUUUGAAGAAAAAGUCAAAGUCUAAGAUUGGUUCGAGAUAUAUGAAGAGGCCUAUUGAGUCUGAUUAUUUGCGAGAUCAUGGCAGCAGAUCUUUUCAGGAUAAUGAUCGUUUUGGCCCCACAAAAUUUGGAGAUGACUAUCCCAAACAGAGCAACAAAUUGGGCAGAAAGGCUCAGUUAGAGGGAUACUAUGGAGAAAAGCCAAAUAUGCCAUUUCGUAAACCCUUCUCUGAGGAGACAAAGAGGAAGGGGAAGACUGAUUUUAAAUAUACAAAUGGGCCUAGUGUUUCUGAUUUCCUUAAUGAUGAUGUUGGGGUUGAUUCAGAUGAGGAUGAUAGAACACAUAUGGGCAAAUCAAUGAGGAAGAGCUAUCAAAAAGAUGAACAGGGGAGCUCUCGGAUGGGAUUGCUCGAAUGCAACUCUUCAAAGAGAAAACAAAAAGCAAAGGAGGAAUCAAACUACUUGAGCAGACCUGAUGAGUCCACGAAUUACCUUGAUGACCAACCUCUUCCAAAUGAUACCUAUCUCGUAAAGAAGCAAGGGAAAAUCAAGGCAGAGGUUGGAACUGGUUAUUUGGGUUCGGACUCGAAUCGUCCGGUUAGAGGAGCAGCUGAUGAAGAGCCUGAAGCAAAGCUGGUAAAGAAGCCUUCUGCUCUGAUCACGCCUUCAGUCCACUCUGGCUUCUCAUUCUCCAUCAUUCACCUUCUCUCAGCUGUUCGAAGGGCAAUGCUUACCCAAGUCACUUUGUUUGUUCAGAAGCACUCUGAGAGGGGUGAAGGGAGGCAGAGAACAAAGAAGGAAGAGCAACAGGGGUUUAAUGGGGGAGAAAAUUCUAUGCCUUCUCUCUCUUUUCAGGAGAUUGUUAGCCGUGUUAGCACAAACCCUGGAGACCCUGCUAUUCUGAAAACACAGGAGCCCCUUCAGGAUCUGGUCAGAGGGGUAUUGAAGUUACUUUCAUCGAAAUCAGCACCAUUAGGGGCAAAAUCCUGGAAACCACUAGUCCUGUAUGAGAAACCCACAAAGGGCUGGUCUUGGAGUGGUCCAGUUUCAUCGGACAAUGGGUUAGUAAAUGAGGAAACUUCCCCUGAAGCUUGGGGUGUUUCCCAUAAGAUGCUCUCAAAGUUGGUCGAUGCAUACGCCAAUUGGUUGAAAAAUGGGCAAGAUACCCUUCAGCAAAUUGGAAGUUUGGCUGCUCCCCCUUCCCUUUUGAUGCUACCCAAUUUGGAUGAGAAGGAGAGAUUCAGAGACCUGAGAGCCCAAAAGAGCUUGACCACGAUAAGCCCAAGCUCUGAUGAAGUGAGAGAUUAUUUUCGAAGGGAGGAGCUUAUAAGAUAUUCAGUUCCCGAUAGGGCUUUUGCUUAUACAGCUGCUGAUGGUCGAAAAUCAGUGGUUGCUCCUUUGAGAAGGUGUGGUGGGAAGCCGACUUCUAAGGCGCGUGAUCAUUUUAUGCUGAAGCCUGAUAGGCCACCCCAUGUUACUAUACUCUGUCUUGUGAGGGAUGCAGCUGCUAGAUUACCAGGUAGUAUUGGCACAAGAGCAGAUGUUUGUACACUAAUAAGAGAUUCUCAGUAUAUUGUUGAAAAUGUCUCAGAUGCGCAGAUAAACCAGGUGGUGAGUGGGGCAUUGGACCGGUUGCACUAUGAACGUGAUCCAUGUGUGCAGUUUGAUGGGGAUAGAAAGUUAUGGGUUUAUUUACACAGAGAAAGAGAGGAAGAGGAUUUCGAGGAUGAUGGGACUUCUUCUACGAAGAAAUGGAAAAGGCAAAAGAAAGAUGGAACUGAGCCCUCUGAUAUGGGAAAUGUAAAUGAUGUUGGUUACCAAGGAAUUGGUGAUCAAGUUGCAGGUGGGUCUUCAAUGGGAUAUGAUUUCUCCACUGAUUUCAAUGUUGAAUCUUCGUCCAUAUAUUCAGAUGGUAAAGAGCUUGGAUAUGCUGAUUUGAGGACAAGCAUGGAUGAUGGCAUUGAGCCUUUCAUAGAUUCAGUUCCAGGUGGCUUGCAUCAGGGCCAUCCUAUGGGUUGGGAGGUUCUACGGGUGAAUCCUAUUCGUCGGGAUACAACCAUGCAGUGCCAUGAUAGUUCUGCAAAUGAUGAUGUUGAUGAUGAUGCAUUUGAUAGAGAUAGACCUGGUGGAUUCUGAACAGAAGACUUUAAUGUGAAGAGCAUAUGGGGUAUGACUUGUUGGUGAUUUUUGCAGUUCAAGGGAAUGAUGUGCAUCCAGAAAAGGAGUUGGAAACAUAUAUCAGGAGGAAGGAAAUGGUACAACCCGAAGUUCGAAGUGACUAUGCUUUAAAUGCUAACCCGGAGUCCAGAACUACUCCUGACUCAGAAGCACUUUCACAACUUCAAUGGAAGGCUGCCAUGGGUGAUGAGAUACAAGCACUUGAGUGGAACAAUACAUGGAAAUCACCAACAUUCCUAAAGGGAAGAAGGUCAUAGGAUGUCGGUGAAUAUGCACUGUAAAAUACAAAGCUGAUGGCAUCAUUGAAAGGUAUAAAGCAAGAUUGGUUGCAAAAGGUUUCAUUCAGACUCCCAGUAUUGACUACCAAGACAAUUUUGCUCCUAUGGCCAAGUUGAACAUUGUUAGGAUCAUUCUUUCACUAGCUGCUAAUAAAUCCUGGCCACUCCAUCAGCUAGAUGUUAGGAAUGCAUUUUUUCAUGUAGACAUUCAAGAAGAAAUCUAUAUGGCAAUGCCUCCUGGUUUUCAGAUUAAAGGGGAGACAAAAAAGGUGUGCAAGUUAAAGAAGGCGAUAUAUAGACUUAAACAGUCUCCUAGAGCAUGGUUUAAACAGUGAGGCAUUGUUGAAAUUUGGGUUCAAAAGGAGUCAAGCUAAAUCAUACACUCUUUGAGAAGAAGAAUACUGCUGGAAUUAUUGCCUUGAUAGUGUAUGUUGAUGAUGUUGUUGUGAUAGGGGAUAAUGUGAAGGGCAUUGAGGAUCUUAAAUCUUAUUUAAGCAAAGUGUUUGAUAUCAAUUAUCAAAGAUUUAGGACCCCUUAAGUAUUUUUGGGGAAUUGAAGUGGCGAGACCAAAGAAAGGGAUAGUCAUCUCCCAUACAAAAUGUGUGUUAGACUUGGUAACAAACGGGGAUGUUAAGAUCUUGACCUAUGGAUACUCCUUCAGAAGUCAAUCAUAAACUUCAUGGAGAACGGGGAGAGUUACUCAAAGAUCCCAAUCAGUAUCAACGAAUUGCGGGCAUACUUGUAUACCUCACGAUCAAUCGACCAGACAUCUCUUAUGGAGUUAACCUGAUCAACCAAUUUAUCCAUGCACUACAUAAACCACACCUUGAUGUUGUGUACAAAAUACUAAGAUAUCUCAAGUCUGCACCAGGGAAAGGGAUGUUUUACUCCAAUCGCAGGCAUCCUAAUGUUGUAGUUUACAUUGAUGCUGAUUGGGAUGGUUGCCAAACUGAUAGAAGAUCCACAACUGGUUAUUGUACUUUCAUUUUGGGAAACUCGGUUACUUUGAAAAACAAGAAACAAAAUGUGGUUGCAAGAUCAAGUGUUGAAACAUAAUACAAGGCAAUGGCUGACACUACAUGUGAAGUAAUGUGUAUCAAAAGUGUUCUUUUUAUUUGGAGGUUAGAGUUAAGAUUGCCAUGACUCUAUAUUGUGACAAUGAAGCAACCAUUCAUAUCAUGGAAAAUCGUAUUUCAUGAAAAGACUAAACACAUUGAAGUAGAUUGUCACAUGUGAAGUCUAAAGAUCAGCUUACAGAUAUCUUCACCAAAGUUGUUGGACCGAACAAAUUACAUGAUAUCAUAAGCAAGCUGGGCAUAAUUUAUAUCUAUACAUCAGCUUGGGGGGGAGUAUUGGAAAUAAAAGAACUAAGCUUGAUUGUAUUUGAUGGGCAAAACUGUCUUUUAUCUUUUGUUUAGGACUUAUUUGUCUUAUUUCUCUAAGUAAGGAUGAUAUUGUCUAUAGUUUGUAAUAAGGUUGUGGAGGUCACAAUAGACCACUACGCUACUCUCUUUC